UUCACCAGCGAUGUAUGCGUUCGGGAGUUCAAAUGAUAAGUGAAAAUGAGCAUGAGCUUUCUAUAAAUCCGUUAAAGGUGGAUGUGCGUACCCAGAUGGUCCAAACUUAGUGCCCGUGCCACUCCUCCGCGCCGGCCGGGAUGCUAGGCCGACUCGCUGAGCAUUGAUCCAUAGGUAAUUAGCUCCCAAGCCUCCAGGUGUCCAAACGUAUCACCAUAAUCACUUUCCCUAUCAUUCCCUACAUCAGCACUCAUUCCUCGAACCUUCUCCUCCACACAUCCAUGCAUCAUGCGGCUACUACAGGGCAUACUGCUGCCCGCCUUGCUCGCGGCCAUAGCUAGUAUGGUAGGUGGCGUGUCCGCUAAGAAGGACAAACCCUCCCUUACGCGUACCGAAUUCAAGACCGAACCUGGGAACCUUUUCUACUUCGAGGAUUCUCAGGUUGUGCUUAUGAUAGAAGUGGAAGAGGGCAAGGUUUGGAGAACAGAUAAUGAGGGCGACGAAUGGAACGUGGUCGACGAUAUCAAGAGCAGUGAUAAGCCAUACGCACUCCUUAAGAACCAAUACGAUAGCAAUGUGGCUGUAGCCUUGGGCAAGCGCAAGAUACACUGGAUCACCUAUGAUAAGGGAAAAUCCUGGAGACAAUUCACAACAGAUGAACAUCCAAGUCAAGUGACGAUACCCAUCGCGUUUAAUGCUGCGGAUAACAAAAAGCUUCUCUACUCAUCACUAGAAAAAUGCCUUGGUACUGUGUGCAUUGGAAAUACAUAUUAUACCGAUGACGGUUUCGAGAGCACAAAAAUAUUGAUCCAGAAGCGCAAGCUAUGUGAAUGGGCGGUAGCGACCGAUCUGAUCGCUGAGCGUGGCGACAUCAACGAAGACCGUAUACUAUGUAUCGUCGAAGGGAAAUAUGGCUCACAUUCGCCGUCUAAGUACAGACUAUUAUAUUCCGACAACUACUUCGAGGACCAAACCGAGAUGAAAAUUGAUGGCCAAACGAUGACGGGGUUUGCCAGUAUCGCAGCUGUCAAAGGCUUCCUCGUUGUCGCUGCCGCGACCCCGGGCUCUCACGAACUUGCCCUUUAUACUUCAAUGGAUGCGGAAACCUGGCAUAAAGCAGAAUUUGGGGACCACCAUGUCGAAGAGAGCGCAUACACAGUACUGGAAUCCACGAAUUACAGCAUCCAAGUAGAUGUGCAGACUGCAGACUUCACGCCUAUGGGUGUGCUAUUCUCUAGCAAUUCCGAGGGACGAUUUUUCACGAACAAUGUCGAGCACACAAACCGUAAUGAACGAGGCUUCGUUGACUUCGAGAAAGUUUCCAAUAUACAAGGAGUCAUAAUAGUCAACGUUGUCAAGAAUUACAAAGAUUUACAAGGAAUUGGGGGCUUCUUUGGUGAAGAAAAGCAGCUAAUAACACAGCUUAGUUUUGAUGAUGGCCGGACAUUCCAUGAUCUCAAAUACAAGGACAAGGCGCUUCAUCUUCACUCCGUCACGGAUCUCGCGAACAGCGGCAGGGUAUUCUCCAGCCCGGCCCCUGGUCUAAUCAUGGGGGUUGGUAAUACCGGCGACUCCCUGAAACCUUACAAAGACGGCGACCUUUACGUGUCUGACGACGGUGGUCUUACCUGGAACAAAGCUCUAGAAGAAGCCCAUAAAUACGAAUUCGGUGACCAAGGAUCUGUUCUGGUGGCUGUUUUCGACGAGGGCCCGACUAAAGAGAUCCGAUACUCUUUGAAACAUGGCAAGGAUGAGUGGCGUACACUUGAACUUGAGAAUGAAAUGAGAGCUGUGGAACUCACAACCAAUACCGAUUCGACAAGCUUGCGCUUUAUUCUUAUUGGGACAGAAGGAUCUGGUAAGAAGAAACAGUGGGUCAGCUAUACCAUCAAUUUCGAUGACAUGCACGAGCGAGAUUGUGGCGAGAAAGAUUUCGAAACUUGGCACGCUCGCGUCGACGAGGAUGGGAACGCCAUGUGUAUCAUGGGUCGAAAGCAAUCCUUCCACAGGCGCAAGGCGGACGCCGAUUGCUUCGUAAAGGAGUUUGAGAAGCCUGAACUAGAAUGGGACAUAUGCGAGUGUACUGAAGCUGAUUACGAGUGCGACGCUGGUUUUACACCAGAAUGGAGUGGUGAAGGUGAUAAGAAGGAAAAGAAAUGCGUCGUUGCCGGACGGCUGGAUCCGCCUGAUGAUGCUUGCCAAGGCGACGAUGAAACAUUCAUGGGAAGCUCUGGGUGGCGCAAGAUUCCCGGAAACCAAUGCAAAGGUGGUACCAAAAAAGAUAAAGAGAUGGAGCACGAAUGCAGCGAGACCAAAAAUCCUCCCGGGAGCGGCAAGAUUUCAACUGAGAUUACAUCUUUCCCCGAAGACAACCUUGCCGAGUACUAUUAUCUUGAGAGGAACGGCCGACAAGGCGACGAUGAGACUGUCGUUAUGCGAACCACGGACAACACUGUCUAUAUUACUCGCGACCAUGGAAAGACCUGGGGGCGGCCCAAGGCCAUUGGUGACGACGAAAUCGUCGCGAUAUACCCUCACCAAUACUUCAAUGACGUUGUGUAUUUCAUUACAGCGAGCAAAAAGGUCUAUUACUCAAAGGAUCGCUGCAAGACAAUUCAUGACUUCGAAGCUCCGUCAGGUCCCAACAGGGCCGGCCUUCAGAUUCUCCAAUUCCAUCCAAAUAAAGACGGCUGGCUCAUCUGGACUGGUCAGGACAAAACGGGGACGCCUCAAGCAUGGAAAACACAGAGAGAUGGCUUGGAAUGGCAUGCUCUAGCACGUGCCGUGAGCAAAUGUCAAUUCAUGUUCAGUGACGUUGGACAUGACGUGGAUGAACAGCUUGUAUACUGCGAGCAGCACACUAACGAAGAUCCGAGUGCGCCGCUCCAGCUUGUCUCGAGCAAAGACUGGUUUGCGAACAAGGACGUCGUUUUCGAUGAUGUUGUCAGCUUCGCAACCAUGUCGGAGUUCAUAGUCGUUGCGUCCAAAACGGAAGACCGCAAAAACCUCAAAUUGGACGCCAGCAUUGAUGGCAAGAACUUCGCUGAUGCUCAGUUCCCGCCCAAAUUUACCGUCGAGCAUCAACAAGCCUACACUGUACUUGACAGCUCUACUCACUCUGUAUUCCUUCACGUUACCGUCAAUGCACACAGUAACUCUGAAUAUGGAACCAUAAUCAAAAGUAACAGUAACGGCACGUCCUAUGUCCUGAGCGUUAAUGAGGUCAAUCGAAACGAAGAGGGCUACGUAGACUUUGAAAAAAUGCAAGGCCUCGAAGGAGUGGCUAUCAUCAACGUCGUCCAGAACAAAGAACAAGUCGACAACGGUGCCGGGAAAAAGAAGCGCACACUUAUUACCCAUAACGAUGGCGCUGACUGGGCUCUUUUGUCUAAUGUGAAGGACGCUAAGGGGGAGAAGAACCUUUGCAAUGAUAACGGAUGUUCCCUUCACCUCCACGGAUACACCGAGCGCUCUGAUCCUCGAGCUACAUUUUCGUCUGCAUCCGCAGUCGGUCUCAUGAUGGGUGUGGGUAAUGUGGGUACCGAGCUUAGCAGUCCGAGUGACGCCAAUACCUUUCUGACCCAAGACGGAGGCGUUACAUGGAAUCAAGUUAAGUCGGGUCCUUAUAUGUGGGAAUAUGGAGACCAGGGAUCGAUCAUUGUUCUCGUGAAGAAGAACGAAGCAACAGAUCACGUUCUAUACAGUACUGAUGAGGGCGACUCCUGGACGGAAUACCCCUUCACCAGUUCCGAUUCUUGGAAUAUCGAGCUCAUCACUACGGUACCUAGUGAUACGUCGAUGAAUUUUCUCUUGUGGGGUAAACAAGUCAAGGGUAAAAACCGUGGUAAGCUUGGUACGGUGAAUCUUGACUUUUCCGGCCUCUUCGAUCGUAAAUGUGAGCUUGAUGACGACAAUCCUCUGGCGGGCGACUACGAAUUUUGGACCCCAAAGCAUCCGUCUCAAGACACUGAAUGCUUGUUUGGGCACAUUGCCAAAUACCAUCGAAAGAAGCGUGGUGAACUGUGUUACAAUGGUGAACGUCGAUUCGACGAUGUGCACGAACAAGAGAAGUGUGAAUGUACUCGUCGCGACUGGGAAUGUGAUUAUAACUACGAACGCCAGAACGAUGGUUCAUGCCUACUUGUGGAAGGUUUGUCGCCAUCUGAUCCCAAGGACGUGUGUCAAGACAAGGAUGUGGUUGAGUAUCAUACCGUCACCGGCUAUCGUAAAGUGCCGAUCUCGACCUGUGAAGGUGGCCGGGAUUUACGGGCAGAGACCCUACCGUGCCCAGGCCAUGAAGAAGAGUACAACGAGAAGCAUGGCACAUCUGGCUUCGUUAUCUUCCUCGCGAUAGUUCUCCCAAUUACAGCAGCCGCUGGUGUCGGGUACUGGGUAUACCAGAAUUGGGACGGCAAGUUUGGCCGCAUCCGACUGGGCGACGGCUAUAGUUCGUUCGACAGCAACAGUCCAUGGAUAUCAUGGCCCAUCGCGGCCGUCUCCGGCCUCAUUGCCGUUCUCGCUACGAUCCCAUUACUGGUCGGCAGUCUGUGGCGAAGUGCAAGCAGCAGAUUCGGUGGCGGCCGUGGCUACGGAAGCCGGACGUACACGAGUAGAGCCUCGUUUGGCCGCGGCGACUAUGCGAUCGUGGAUCCGGACGAAGGUGAACUGCUUGGUGAUGACAGUGACGAGGACGUCUAGUAGUCGGUGAAUCUGGGUUUUUUUUGGGAAGCACAGGCAUAGGAUGGGUAGAACACAAGGUUGAACCCAAUUUCUGAGAGGGGAGGCUCGGUGCCUUCCCUUUCAAAGUGUAGUUUUAGUUCCUUUUUUGAGCGCUGCGCAAUCUGCUUCUCGAAUGUCUUUCGUGCCAUGAAACUAUGUGUGUGUGC